AGGCGGGCGCGAAUGGCGCCAGGCUGUAGGGAGCGGGCCUGUCAUGGCGGGCGGCCCGCGGCGGCGGGGGCUGGCGCUGCUCCGCGCCGGGCUGACAGCGCUCCUCUGCGGCCUCCAUGUGCAGGCCGCUUGUCAGGAUGCCACUGUCACGCAGGAGCUUCUGAAAGAGGGAUUUCACAGGGACCUGCUGGUGAGGGUGGAACUCGGUGCAGCAGGGGAGGAGGCAGAAGGGUGUGCAGUGGCAGCUAGAACUCGUCUUCCACCAGGAAUCUACGUGGAUCCCUACGAGCUGGCAUCACUGCAGCAGCACAAUUUAACAAAGGUGGUGUUAAUUCCUGAUGUCAUCGAUGUGGAGGCUCCUGAGUACUUAGCUACAGAGCUUCUUGUUCUCCUGCACAUGGAACCUGACUCUGGGUGUUCUCACUGUUUUAGAGCUGCUGUGCCUGUGCAUGGGCGCUACCACCGGCCGGCAGCAGGGAGUGAGGAAGCCUUGGUGAUUCUGAAGAGCCCAGAAGUACUGGUCUGCUGCUGUGACAAUCGCCUGUCAGCAGAGUGUUGGGAGCCUGCUGAAGUGGAAGCUCCCUGUUUGGGCAAAGCCACGGGCCCCUGUCAGUGGUACAGCAAAACACACAAACUGGCGUGUGAGGAAUCAAUUCUGCAGGUUCCAGUGGGGGUCAGACAACAUAGUUCCUUAGUGUGUGUCACGACUCUUCUUGCCACGGUGCUCUGUUCCAGUCUGAUUCUGGCAGCUCUAUGCAAAUAUGGACACUUCUGCCCCGUGACCUGCUCAGAAUAAAGAAAUACGGAGUGACUGAGCUCCGUCCAGCAAAACUAACUGAAUAUUACGUCAGCUUCCUAAAGGAAUUCUACUCUAUGAUUAUUUAUAUCUUGUUAAUGUGCAAGGGUGCCAUAAUGGGUUAUAGUUCCCUUGGCCUAAUUCCUACAAACACCUUUCACACACAGAAGACUGUUUUGACGUGUUGUCAAUAGACAAAGCAGACGGAGGGUAGGAAGUAGUGCUGCAAAAAGCUGGAAGGACUGCUACAGUCUCGGUCUCCGUUCCCUCCCCCUGACCCAGAGCUUUGACUACAGUGCUGCCUUUUGCAGAUGCGUUGGUAUUUCUUGAAUUUAAACUAAGCAACUCAGGGAUUGGUUAUUAAAGGUAUGAAAAGCACUCUCUCUCAUUAAAGUUUCUGAUUUUCAAUUUU